UAGACUGAUCUAAUUAAUAGGUUAGAAAUGUGUUUGCGUCUAGAGCAAUUAUGUUUUUCUAUUUUUGAAAUGUGUCAAAUCUUUAAGAUUUGUUUAUAAAUAUUAACAACAUUUUUUUUGUCAUUAAAUAAUAUUAGCUAAAAGAAAUCAUGAAUUAUAAAAUUUAAGAGAUUCUGUAAUAUGGUAAAGACAAGUAUUAUUGUUCUAGCUGUCAUGUCAUUUAUUUAACUGAUUUUGACAUCAGUCUUGAAAAUAAUUGUCUUUUAAUAGAUAAAAUAUAGUUGACCUGAAAACUGUAAGCAUUUUUCAGAUAAGAUACUACAAUGCCUUUAUCUGAAAAGUUAUCAAUAGUGAAGAGCAAAUUCACCUCCGGCGAAACCGUGGUGACUGCAACUGAAGCAUCAUUAAUGCAAGGCUGGGUAAAAGCUGCUCGAAUUCUAUCGGUUGUAAAUAAAGGACCUACGUAUGCUUUAGUUAUUUUAAUAACAUCCAGAACUCCACCUCAAGUGUACAGUGAUCUCACUAUAGAAAAAGUUCUUCCCAUUCAUGAGGAUUUCAAAUGUGUAAUUGAUGCUGAUGGAAAGCAGCAGGAUGGAACAGAUGUGUAUCUUAGUGUUUCAUCAAAAAAUGUUGAUGAAACGUUUGAAAUGCGACCUGGAACUGAAACCAGUACUCUUGUAUCUGAAAUAUUUCGAGCCGUUGAAAUGUACCAGAAGGAGAAGUAUUCCUCAUCGGAGUACUUGUGGACCCACAAGUUGACCGCAUCUACAAGGAGUUUAGAUGGAACUAAAGAGGAAGAGCAUGAUGUUGACACACUAGUGGAACUUGAGUGUCCGGAUUUAGUUGAGUCAAGACAUAAUAUUGCCACUGGCAAAACUCCCGUUGCCAAUCGAGAUUCCUUGGUGCAAAUGCAUAUGCAACGCAAGUCAAACGAUUACACUUACACAGAAGUUUUUAGAAUUUUCGUCGGUACAUGGAACGUUAACGGACAAUCAGCAAAUGGAAUGACCGUCGAAGAAUGGUUAAGCAGCGACCCUGUAGCGCCCGAUUUAUAUGCAGUUGGUUUUCAGGAACUUGAUUUAAGCAAAGAGGCUUUCCUUUUCAAUGACACUCCCAGAGAAGAAGAAUGGAGACUGGUCGUUUCGAAAUCACUUCAUCCGAAAGCAACGUAUGGACAAGUGGCAUUAGUGAGACUUGUGGGAAUGAUGUUGAUCGUCUUUGCUCAGGACGGUCAUAUACCUUUUAUAAAAAAUGUUUCUAUUGAUACUGUUGGCACUGGCAUUAUGGGAAAAAUGGGGAAUAAAGGAGGUGUCGCAGUCAGUCUUUCAUUUCACAAUACGACUGUUUGCUUCGUGAAUGCUCAUUUGGCGGCUCAUUGUGAGGAAUAUGAGAGGCGCAAUCAGGAUUAUAUGGAUAUAUGUUCUAGACUCUCAUUUUCUCGAUGUAUUGAUAACACGAUACCAUUUAUACCCAAAGGAUUCAGAGAUCACAAUCAAAUCUAUUGGCUUGGAGAUUUAAAUUAUCGAAUAACAGAAAUGGACGCAGCGACUGCUAAAGAAUAUAUAAACUCGGGACAAUUUACACCUGUUUUGCAACUUGAUCAAUUAAUGCAGCAGCGCAAACUCGGCAGAGUUCUUGCAGAUUUUCAAGAAGCCGAAAUUAAGUUUAAGCCAACUUAUAAAUAUGAUCCAGGCACUGAUAAUUGGGAUUCCAGUGAAAAAGGGAGAGCGCCCGCUUGGUGUGAUCGUGUUUUAUGGAAAGGGGAGGCUAUUGCCUCUGUUGAAUAUAGAAGUCAUUCUAAACUAAAAUUAUCCGACCAUAAACCAGUCAGUGCCAUUUUUGAUUCUCAGAUUAGCGUAAUAGAUAGAGUUAAGUAUCGUAAAACACACGAGGAAGUAAUGAAGAAAUUAGAUAAACUCGAAAAUGAAUUCUUGCCUCAAGUAAUGGUUGAUGCUACGGAGAUAAUAUUUGACACUUUGAGAUUUCUUGAACCACACAGCAAAGAUUUGAUCAUUGCCAACACUGGUCAGGUCCCAGUUAAAUUUGAAUUUAUUAAAAAACUAGACGACACCAGUUACUGUAAAGAUUGGUUAAAAAUAAAACCUUACUUUGGUUUCAUUGAACCUGGGGAAAAGUGUGACGUUAAACUGAAAGUCCUUGUUGAUAAAAGAUCGGCUUGCAAACUAAAUUCUGGAGAGGAUAAACUUUAUGAUAUACUAGUCUUACAUUUAGAAGGUGGAAAAGAUAUUUUUAUUACAGUAACAGGUACUUAUGAGAGAAGUUGUUUCGGUUCAUCAAUGGAAGCUUUAGUACACAUUCCAGUUCCUAUAAGAGAAGUUCCUAUUGGAAGGAUAAUGGAGUUGGAAAAUAAUAAAAACCCCUCACAAGAACCUUAUGCCGUGCCUAAGGAAGUGUGGCUUCUAGUUGAUCGAUUGUAUCGUCAUGGAAUUAAAACUCCAGGUCUUUUUGAAAAACGAGGCGUUCCCAGCGAAAUUAUAGCUAUUAGAGACUGGUUGGACAUUGGCAGUCAAGAUCCUAUGCCUGGAGGUGUGCAUUCCGUAGCCGAAGCUUUACUUCUUCUUUUAGAUUCGACUGCUGAACCAAUAAUUCCAUACAAUCAUCAUAAUGUAUGUUUUUCUACUGCAACUAAUUACUGGAAGUGCAAGGAGAUUGUCAUGCAACUGCCAGAAAUUAGAAGGACAGUUUUCCUUUAUAUUUGUUCAUUUAUGAAAGAGCUUCUGAGUCACACUCAAGACAAUGGUUUGGACGCAAAAACUUUAGCGACUCUCUUUGGAUCAAUAUUUUUGCGAGAUCCACCAAGAAGUCGAGAUGAUUCUCAGUUAAGAAAUAGAGUAACUCAAGCAACAUUUGAUCGAAAAAAAGCGGCUUUCGUAUUUCACUUUUUGGUUACGGAUCAAAGUGACUUUCUUGGACGAUAGUAAUCAGAACAACUUUUCGAAUAUUAGAUAUACGCAAUACUGUAAUUAUAUAACAAAAGGCAACAACUGAAUGGAAUAUUUAGCAACUUUUUAUCAUUUGCUGGUACUUAGUUCAAUAAUUUUUAAUAAUGGUGUAAAAUGUUGAACAUUAAUUUUCAAUCGAAUGCAAUCAGAUCUUAAAGAUUCGAAUUAAAAUAUUACUUGAUCUCAUUGUAGCAUUAAAAUAAUCUAAGUAAUUCAAAUGGCAAAAAUUUAGUCCCAGGAAGAGAAAACAAGAAAUAUAUUUUGUCGGACUUUGUUAUUUUUGGUUGCAGAUUUCCAUUUAUUUUCCAUUUAAUUUCAAAUUAAGUUUUACAUUAAAAAUGGAAUAUAAAAAAUGAAAAAAUAAUUAAAUGUCACAGCAGAAAUUCAUUUUAUGAAAAAAUAGGUUUUUAUUAAAAUAUGUUACUUUCGUUUAGACACAAUUGAUUAAACAUAAAGCGAAUAAGUUAAUAACAAUCAUAUACAUAUAAUAAUUAUAAUCAGAAUGAAAUACUAUUUCGUACAACGACUUGCAUUUACAUUUCUCACUCUAAUUAAAUGCUAAUUAAAUGCUAAAUAAAUGCAAUAUUUGUUAAGGUUGAGAAUUUUAUCUAAAUUUGUUGCUGCAACCAAAGAAAUUUCAGUUUUAUUGAAAUUGAAUUUUAAUAGAAAAUUAAUUUCUUCUUUUUACAAAAGUCAAAACGAAAAAAGAAAGAAAGUAUUGUCUUGAAAGUGUAAGGCAAUAGAAUAGAAAUAAAUCAUCUAAUUCUGAUAAAA